UAAAAAUAUAUGAUGGAGCUUAAGGUAAAAAAGAGAGGAAUUCAUUUGAGAAGAUUUAUUGCGAAAAAACGAAAGAAUUUGCGUAUAAUAAUAAGUUAUUAAACCAUAUUAAAAGCUGCCGAAAGAAACAUGGAGGAAAGCUGUUUUUUGAUAUGUUAUUAGAAGAUAUUGCACGGAUAUAUGAUUGGGAGAAGAUAUAUCCGCCUAAAACAGUGGUUGAAUUAAAAAAAUUAUAUUUUUCUAUAGAAAACAGUCAUAUUGAUGAAUUAAAGAAGAAUUGUUAUCAUUAUUAUCUUUUGAAAGAUUGUGAUAUGAGUGAAAAGUUUUCGAAUGAUGUUUUUAUACCUAUUAUAUAUAGAAAACUGAUGGAUAGUUACUGGUAUCUUGACAGGAUGAGAUUUGAGGAAGCGUUUUCGAGUCUUUGUACGCCGAAUUUAGUGCCAAAUUUUCCAGAAAAAAUAUUGAGAUCAUUUUAUUUUCUUUCAGGUGAACAAGGAGCUCAAAUGACGAUUACAUAUACGGAUGUGAUGUCACUUCCAUUAGAUACGGAUGAAAAGUUAGAUAUAUAUAUGUCAUCAUUGAUAAAGGUGGAUGUUCUUUCAGCAUAUUCAUUUUUGAAAUCAUGUCCUAAUUUAAAAGCAACAUUUUUUCAAAAAAUUAUAGAACAUUGUCUUUGUGUAGAACAAUGUACAAAAUGGUUAUUAGAAUUACCAUUUACAAAAGAGGAAGAAGAACAAUUAAUAAGAUAUCUUAAAGAAGCGCCUUAUGCAACAUCAAAAAACAUUUUGUUUGUUUAUUUAAUUAAUAAGGGAAAAAGGAUUGAGGCGAUAGAAUUAUCUAAAUCUAUAGGAAAUGAUUUUUUUAGAAAUAUUGAAAUAGCAGACUUUGUUAAUGGAUUAAACAAAUCGCUUUUACCAAUAGAAAGGAAAAUGAUUCAGUAA